UGUACAUCACACACUGUUUACUAUGUGAAUGUGAAGUUGCCGCUUAACCUCCGUGCUCGCACUUAUAACGCUGUAUAAAAUCACGGACUGCAGUUUCGACAUCGUUAGACUCUAGAAAUAAGACAAUGAAAGUCGUCGCGUUAAUAAGCGGGGGCAAGGACAGCUGCUACAACAUGAUGCAGUGUGCGGCUGCCGGCCACAGGAUCGCAGCCCUGGCCAACCUGCGCCCUGCCAACACAGAUGAGUUGGACAGCUACAUGUACCAGACGGUCGGCCACCAGGCCAUUGAGCUGUACGCUGAAGCCAUGGAGCUGCCCCUGUACAGACACACCAUCCAGGGCUCCAGCCUGGACACCAGCAAGAACUACAGUCAGACUGAGGGGGAUGAGGUGGAGGACCUCUAUCAGCUGCUGCACCUGGUCAAGGAAAAGGAGGGUGUCGAGGCGGUGUCUGUAGGGGCCAUUCUCUCCGAUUACCAGAGGGUCCGUGUGGAAAAUGUAUGUUUGCGGCUGGAUUUGCAGCCUCUAGCCUACCUGUGGCGCCGUGACCAAGAGUCCCUGCUCUCUGAGAUGAUAUCAUCUGACCUCCAUGCUAUCCUCAUCAAAGUUGCCGCCUAUGGCCUGGAUCCAGAGAAGCACUUAGGAAAACCCCUGGCUGACAUGGAGCCCUAUCUGAAACAGCUCUCUGAGAAGUAUGGAGUCCAUAUUUGUGGGGAAGGAGGCGAAUAUGAAACCUUCACUCUUGAUUGCCCGCUCUUCAAGAAGAAAAUAGUAAUCGAUGCAAUGGAGACAGUGAUCCACUCGGCAGAUGCCUUUGCUCCAGUUGGCUACCUGCGCUUCACCAAGAUGCACACCGAGAACAAAGACAGCGAUGUGGUGGCGAGAGCUUUGCCCCACGGUAGUUGUCCUUGCCAGAACACCAUUGACAAGAUGACUGAGGAGGUGGAAUAUGCUGAUCAAGCUGAAGACAACCAGCAAGAAUUUACAUCAAAUUGUGACCUUAGUUGUCAGGGGGGCCGUGAGCUCCUUCCAUCCUGCUCGCAGAGAAGCUCCAGGGGUUACCAGUGGAUCUCUGGCAUCAGUGGGCUUCAGAGCAAAGACCCCACAAUCCAGGGCCAAACCACAGCAGCUUUCCAACUGCUGCAAAGUGAAUUGGACAGCAGAGGCUGGAAGAUGAAGCACAUUGUCCUGGUUCACCUCUAUGUGAAGAACAUGGCAGACUUUGGUCCGCUCAACACAGUCUAUAAGAAGCACUUUGGUGUUAAUCCUCCAGCCAGGGUGUGUGUCCAGGCUCCUCUGCUGGCUGGUCAGCUGCUGCAGAUGGACUGUCUGCUCCAUAACAGAGACAAGCCCCUGGAGGACGGGUCCUUCCACCACAGAGAGGCACUGCACGUCCAGAGUCUGUCCCACUGGGCCCCAGCCAACAUCGGGCCCUACAGCCAGGCCCUCAGGGUCGAUGAGUCAGUGUUCUGUGCUGGCCAAAUUGCUUUGGUCCCCUGCACCAUGCAGUUGCUGAAGGCAGGUACCAGGACACAGGCCCACAUGUCCUUCAGCCAUGUGAAGAAGGUUCUGGAAGCUGUGAUCAGCGGCCUGACUCUGGGUCACGUUGUCCAGGCCCACUGCUACGCCACAAGACACCAAGACAUCCCCAUCAUCAGAUCAGUGUGGGAGAGCAUGCUGAGAGCUGCCCAAGAGAAGGACUUGUUUUGGGAGCCUGAGAUCAAGCAAGGCCCAUUAUUGGUGGCUGUGGUACCUGCUUUGCCCAGGGGUGCAACUGUUGAGCUUCAUGUCACUGCUGUCCAGGAUGACCCCAGAGAAAGGACCUCCUGUCACAUGACUGCAAAAGUGGCAUGUGGAUCUAUAGAGUGCCACACUACAGUGUCAUCAGACAGUUGUAGUGCUUCACUCUCCCUUUCCCUUUUGAUGGGUCUUGCUGUGCCCAGCGCUGACCCAGAAGUCUUUGGUGUGGAAGGUAUACUCAAAGCAGUCGGUGCUACUUUCAAGAACGCCAUGGAUAAGAUGGCUGCUGGGCUGUCGCCGCUGUGCGCCAGGGUUUUCUACAAGUACAACCACUCACUGGCUCUGCAGAUUGUUACAGGACUCGAGGAAUGUUUGAGAACUUCUCUAGGACAAUCCAGUCCGUCAGUGGCCCUGGUUCCAGUCCUGGACUUGCCUGACUCCCAGAUACUCCACCUGUCCUGCUGGCUCAGUUUGUAGUGAAACAGCCAGAAUCAACAACCGGACCCUAGUCAUCCACAGCGCUGAAAGUCAAUGGGGCAUUUCUCAAGGAGCGGGUCCUGACAGCCAAACAACCAGUGACUUACAGCAGAACAUCAGUGAAUGUGGAAAAGAAAAUGCACAACUGUUCGUUAAUGUUGACUGUUCAGCACUGUUGAUAGCUGAAAUGCAUAGCUGUGUGUGUCUCCAAACAGAAUUGAUGAUGUGUGUGUCCCACUUUGUACCCUGACACUCAGGGCAGUAAUCCACUUUGUCCUCUACCAGAGACGUAUGCUGUAGCAGCUGUUAUUCUGGGCCUUGCUGUAUAACCUAAAGCUGCAUACCAGAGAAUGGGAGACUACAGGAUUUUACAAAAGGAGACACCAGCAGUGCCUCACUCCAUGAGGCGAUAAAAAGUGCAUCCCUUGAAAUCCUCCUGUUUCUGAAGGAAUUUCUCUUUACACACUAGCUAACACCCCUCAUAAAGGCCUAGCACCACCUCUUGACACCAUCUGCUCAGAUGUAAACCUAUAGAUUUACUUUGUGACUGGUUUGUGGCACUGUGUUAUGUGUGUGGAUGAGGUGACUGUGUUUGUCCCUCUCAUGCUCCAUGGGAUCGGAGGUGUGUUAUUAUUGUGUAAUAGGCAAUCAGGACCAAGCACCUGAAAAGAUUAAGCCUCUUUAUGUUCCCUAUCGAUUCUAAGGCAGCCUGGUUAAUAGGAGAGGUACGCGACCACAUACAGCUGCAGGCUAGACGUGUGUGCGUGCGCGCGUUUUGUUUGAUUGUUUCAGUGGACACAGUGUGAUGGUGUGGGAAGAAAAUAGCACUAUUAACCAUUGCUCCUGGAACAUUUCUUUUCUCAAAGAUCAUGAACCAUAUUGAUGAUCUCAAUUGGAAUGCAUCUUCACUCCGGCUAUUCUCUUCAUUGUGCUUGUGAUGGCAGGAGCGGGGCGGGCUAUUGAUCUGCACCCACCGAGAUGUUUUCAUUGUUGUUAUCAAAAAUUGAACAAUAGAAGCAACCAAUAGAGCCUGAAGAUUUUUACUGAGGGUUGAAAAACACAAACAAGCAAUUAUAUAUGAGGGUGAGCAAGCCAAUGCACCAUAAAUGUGUGUUACUGUUCACCUAUUCGGUUUAAAGGACCCCAAUAGUGGGGGAUUGUGACACCUUGCCUGCCAUCCCAAAUAAGUGUCACAUGACACAUUUGGUUAUAUUUCAAAAUACACAAAUGGGCAGUAAUUUCCCACAGGAGAAUGCUAAUCUCCCCUUAGUCAACUUUCCUGGUCACUCACAGCUGUGAAAGCUUCUAAAAGGAUAUUGCUUUAAAGAGGCAGUGCUCACCAAACCUUUCACUGUUGAAUAAAGGUUGAGAAAUAUGACUGAAAAUGUUGUAAUUUCAUUCAGACCAAUGCAGCCUGAAAAACAACAUACAUCAGCUUAAGGAAAUUGUAUAUCACCACUAUAUUCUGGAUUUGUUAUUAAAACUCAUCAUGUGGUAUAUGUUUUGACAUGUUUUCCUGUUUAUUGUGCUAAAUGUGCUUUUUGCCAAUCGGAUACAAGGAAUUCAUGUGAAACCCAACAUAAAAAAUAGAGUCAGCAUUUCAGUAAAUACAGAGCUCAGCCACUAAAAUUCAGAGCACGGCAACCACUUGUCGAUCACAGUGAACACCACGUUCUGUCCUUCAGCAGACAUGUUUUUCAUACAGUCACAAGCAAAGCCACAAGUAUAUCAUCACACCCUCACCAUAGCCAAUGUGAAAGCCUAUGGCAGACACAUUUCUUUGUGCUCUUACCACAGUGUUUCUUCACAAAAUGAAUAAAGACAGGGUGACAUUUAGUUUUCUCGUGUUUUGUCAAAUGUACAUUUUCUACCAAGUUGACCUGCAACCACUGUGCACACAAACUAGCUGUUGUGGCUAACAAUGUCCUUUGUGUGCAGUGUACCACCCCGCGGCCCUUGUCAUUGUGGCCUGGCACAUGGACUUUAACUGUGUGGUACCUCCUCUAGGCUACAAUGCUGAUGUGUGCAACUCCCUUCCCUCCAGCAGUGGUCUACAGUAGGGGAACCCAUUUCAGGAAAGGGCUCACAGCUCGAGACACCUCUUGACAUUGUGGUCUGUUUGCCUCAGUGACUGUGGUUAUGUUUGUUUUCGUAUUUUGAAUCCUUUUUCUCAUAAUGCCUUCAUGUCUUUCCUGUUGUCUUAUUAAAACCUGUCAUCAUG